AGGAGACCCAGAGCAUGGAGGAGACCCAAAGCUUGGUGGAGACCCAGAGCUUGAUGGAGACCCAAAGCUUGGUGGAGACCCAAAGCUUGGUGGAGACCCAGAGCUUGGUGGAGACCCAGAGCUUGGUGGAGACCCAGAGCGUGGUGGAGACCCAGAGCAUGGUGGAGACCCAGAGCAUGGUGGAGACCCAAAGCUUGGUGGAGACCCAGAGCGUGGUGGAGACCCAGAGCGUGGUGGAGACCCAGAGCGUGGUGGAGACCCAGAGCUUGGUGGAGACCCAGAGCGUGGUGGAGACCCAGAGCGUGGUGGAGACCCAGAGCGUGGUGGAGACCCAGAGCGUGGUGGAGACCCAGAGCAUGGAGGACACCCAGAGCCUGAAGGACACCCAGAGCCUGAAGGAGAACCGAAGCGUGGAGACCACAACGAGCUACAGUGCACCACUGGUCCCUCACGAAGCCACCGCUGUCCCAGAAGAUCUCGGCCACCCGUCGCCGUCCCCUUCCUGCCCUCUUGCCGCGUGCCGUCAUGAAGUGACGAAUCCGUCCCCUUCCCUCGCAGCAGCAGAUGCUGAGGUGGGGAUCCCGAUGGAGAUCCCUCAGGAGGAGAUCGCUGCGGAGAACCCGGCCGUGCCCGAAAUGCUCUUGAAGCCUCCAAAAGAGGAGGACCUCAAAGAUUCAGAGCGUGGUGGUGGCCAAAACCCAGCAGCAGCCGUUCCUGAAGAACCGAGCGAGGAAGCCAUGCCAGAUGCCUGCAGAACAACGGCAGAAGCAGAUCCCAACUGCCCAGAAGAACCCAUGGAGACCUCUUGCGGGGGCCGGCCUACCACCUGCCAACGCAAUUCCACCCGGGAGAAAUUCUACUCCUGCUUGGUUUGCAGGAAGAACUUUCUGCUGAAGAUCAACCUCAUCAUCCACGAGAGGAGCCACAGCAACCACGUGCCCUACGUCUGCACCCACUGCAACUGCAGCUUCAUGUCCAAGCGGAAGAUGCGGCGUCACCUACGCGUGCGGACGGCCAAAGGCUUCUGCCAACCUACGGAAGAGGAGGAGUGCUCCAAGUUGACCUCCAACCCUUCAACCCAAACCCAAACCCCAAACGAGGGUUGCGGUCCGGUGUGGGAACCCAACUCCAACCUCUACCCGUUGGCUUCGGAGAAAGUGAUGUAUACCUGCAACAAAUGCAUGGAGAACUUCUCCAGCUUGACGUUCCUCAUCCUCCACCAACGCCGGCACACCAACCACCACCUCAUCCUUUGUCCCUGCUGCAACAGGAGCUUCACUUGGGCUUCGGACUUUGUCCGUCACCACCAAACCUACACGGGCGAGCGGCCCUACCAGUGCGGCAUCUGCCAGAAGACUUUCAAGCGUCACUACCACCUGGUGGUGCACCAGAAGAUCCACAUGCGGCAGGAGAGGACCUACCCCUGCGAGAACCAACCGCCGGUGCCGGCAGAACCCGUUUAAGCGUAGAGACGGAGGUGGAAAGCCACAAGGGUAGCAGAAGAGAGGGUGGGAAAGCCAGGACUUGUCCUCCUAAAGGCAGGAGGACGCUCUUUGGACCUCCUCUUGACCAUGGGCACCAGCGGGUUGGACAAAAAACUUGGAGGUUGGGUGGUGGUUCCCAGCCUUUCCCGUGGAGAUGGAAGGCAUCCAUCCAUCCAGUCCUGGUGGAGACCCUUCGGCGUGUGGGUUCCUCUCGUUCCUGACCUCCAGUUGGGUGGUGGACGGAGCGGGUGGGCCACCGGGAACGGGAUUGGGCGCUGCCGGUGGGGAGGACUCGUAGAAGCCUUUGGAAAGACCGAGGAGAUCAUGGAGUCCAACCAUCCCUGUCCACUACUAAAGCAGAUCCUUGAGCACCGCGUCCACCUGUCUUCUAAACGCCUCCAGGGGUGGGGACUCCACCUCCUCUGAUGGGGAUGGAGAACCCUUCCCAGGAAGCAGUUUUUCCCGGUAUCCAACCUGGGAAACUUGAGGUCCUUCUCCUCUGAUCCCAUCUCUUGGUCCUUGGGAGAAGAGUCCAUCGCCCACCUCACCACAACCUCCUUUCAGGCAGUUGUAGAGAGCCAUGAGGUCUCCCUUCAGCCUCCUCUUCUCCAGGUUCCUCCACCACCUCUCCUAACCCUUUGUUCUCCGACCCCUUCCGCAGCUCCGUUCCCUUCUCCGGAUGCGCUCCAACCCCUUAAGGUCCUUCUUGGAGUGAAGGACCCAAAAGUGAAGCCAGGAUUGGAGGUGUGGCCUCACCAGCGCCGAGUCCAGGGGGACGAUCCCUUCCCUACUCCCAUGGUUGAUCCAAGCUGAGAUGCUGGUGGUCUUCUUGGCCACCAGGGCCACUGCUGGCUCACGUUCAGCCGCUGUUGACCAACACCUCCAGGUCCUUUUCGGCUUUCCAGCUGCUCUUCCCAAGCCUGGAGCUGCACGGGGUCCCCUUGGUCCC